AUGACUCUCGAAUUCACCAACGGAUAUGAUAAUAAUGCGUAUGUAUUCACCGUGUUGGAUUACACAGACAAUGAACAAACUGAAAAAAAUAAUGAUCGGAAAAUACACGUCCAUAACACAGAUGGCACCGUGGAGACUCAAUCAAAAUGUCAGCCAGGUACUUUCAAUUCGAUGGAAAUUACAACAAACUCCAGAGAAGAGGGAAACAAAGCAUGCCUUAACUCUGUCGAUCAUGGCUGGGCGUGGGUUGUGUUGUUAGGUGUAUUUUUUACAUCGAUGUUUUUAGUUGGUAGCUCGAAGUCUUUCGGUAUUCUCCAUGUCGAAUUAUCCACAAAGUUUCAAGUCUCUAACAAAGCUUUAUCCAUAUCUCAAUCCUUAGCAGGAUUUUUACAACAGUUUCUCGGUGCUGUAAGUGCCGCUUUAACUAAAAGAUAUUCCCACCGAACGCUGAUAUUUUGGGGAGGUUUAAUGAUUGGUGCAGGGUUAGUUUUAUCAUCGUUUGCUACUUCAAUUGGUGUGGGAUAUGGAAUAACCUUUUCACCAGCUGUCGUCAUUGUUUCCCAGUAUUUCAGUAAGUACCGAUCAAUCGCGUCAGGGAUAUCUCUCGCCGGAGGCGGUUUAGGAGGAAUGGUAUUCCCCUACUUUAUUAGAUUUCUUUUGACAGAGUACGGACUACAAGGGGCAUUACUUGUGUAUGGAGGUGUUAUGUUUAACAUCUGUGUAUGUGCACUUCUGAUACGUCCCCUAAACCCAAAAAAACUCGCACAACAAGAACAAGCUAUCGGGAAGAACACAAAACCCGAUGGUAUAAAACGCGAGAUGUUUUCAACGAUUCCAAUGCUAAUUUGGCGUUCCAUGAAGGAUUUAGAAUGGAAACUAUUCAAGGAAUUGGAUUUCAUCCUUUUAAUUUUCGCUGUUUUUUUCGCUAUGUUCGGAUACAAUAGCCUGUUUAAUAUUGUCCCUCAGUUCAUGAAGGAAAUUGGAUUCCCGAACGAAGAUGGAGCAUUUAUACUUCUUAUUUUUGGACUGACAGAUCUUAUUGGAAGAAUUUUAUUUGGAUUUGUUUUAGAAAUAUUUCCUUCGCAUCGGAAAGGAUUGUUUACCAUGAUGAUUUUGCUAUUUGGAUUCGGAAUCACUGUUACAUCGUUUUUACGAAGAAAACUUUAUCUAUGCGUUUUCAUGGGAUGUUAUGGUUUAUUUGCCGGUGGUUUCAAUGGAACGCUGAUGAUUAUCACGUUGGAAUUCGCAGACCUUGAACGACUUCCAAGUGCCUGGGGCUUUGUAUGCUGGUCAUCUGCCAUAGCAUUUUUGUUAAAUCCUAUUUCAACAAGUGCAAUCAGAGACAUUACGGAGACAUGGUCGUUCGCAUUUCAGUUGUCCGGAGCUGUGGCCAUGAUUGCUGUUCCAAUUUUGCUUUUUAAAUGCUUGAAAUCACGGUGUUUGAAGAUUUGA